AUGUCAGAAUUGAAACCGAAUGAAGCAGUCAACAUUGCUACAUCUUCUACAACUUCCUCUGUUUCUAUAUUUGAUAAGUUCUCUGAUGUACUGACUAGUAAUCCGUAUUUCAAUGCUGGAGCAGGUCUUGCUGGGAUGGGUCUGGCAAUGAGUGCUUUGAGAAAGUUCACGAUAAUCGCAAACACAUUUCUUCGCCGAAAGUUUAUAAUAUCCCUGGAAAUUAAUAAUCAAGACCCCUCCUAUCAAUGGCUUUUGGACUUUGUGAAUCGAAAAAGUGCAACACAAACAAGGAAACUCUCAGUUGCAACUAAAAUAAGUCAGACAGAAAGUGGUAAAACUGCUGUAGAUGUGUCAUAUACCCCUGGCCAUGGUCAACAUUUUUUCGUUUACAACUACAGAUGGAUAAAGGUUGAGAGACAACGUGAAAAACAUACUGUUCAACAGGCUGGAGGCAACCGGAUACCAUUCGAAACGGUUACUCUGUCCACUUUAGGAACAGAUCCCAUGUUUUUACAAAGUAUGCUUAAGAACGCUACCUUUGAUGGAGUUGCAAAUGCUCAGACGGGAUUGGUCAUCUAUCAAGCUAUAGGCCCUCAAUGGGUUCGUUUCGGAACGCCCCGAAGAAAACGAGACAUUAAUUCUGUUGUCUUGGAUCAAAGGUUGGCGGAUGAGCUGUUAUUAGAUUUGCAGCAAUUCUUCGAUUCUUCGUCUUGGUAUGCCGAGCGUGGUGUCCCUUACAGAAGAGGAUAUCUAUUCUAUGGUCCACCUGGCACAGGCAAAAGUAGUUUCAUAUCGGCUCUAGCCAGCCACUUCGGUUACAGUGUUUGCAUGUUAUCUUUAAGCGAAAGAACAUUAGACGAUGAUAGGUUGAAUCAUUUAAUCAAUACUGCUCCCCCUAAUAGUAUUAUAAUCUUAGAGGACAUCGAUGCUGCUUUCUCAAGUAGAGAUGAUCCCUUAAAUAAUCAUCCUGCUUAUCAAGGCUUAGCAAGAGUUACUCUUUCUGGACUUCUGAACGCGAUUGACGGAGUCGGAAGUGCUGAAGAGAGAGUCAUUUUCAUGACCACAAACUACAUCCAGAAGCUAGACAAAGCCCUCAUUCGACCAGGCCGUAUAGACGUCAAACAAUAUUUUGGAAAUUUGACUGAAAUCAUGAUUCAGAAGAUGUUCAAAAGGUUUUAUGGUGACGAAGCAACAGAAGAACUGAGUGAAAAACUUUUACGAAAAGUUAAAGAAUUGAAGACUGAAAUCUCUCCUGCAAGUUUACAGGGUCAUUUUCUGUUGUAUAAAUAUAGUCCAAAAGAAGCGAUUGAAAAUAUUGAUAACUUAUUGUCUACUAUCAGGUGA